AAUUGAUCUGGGGCAGUCACCCUUUCUCAGUCUAACCUACCUCAAAUGGCUGUUGUGAGGAUACAAUGGACAGCGGGAAUUCAAACAUAGGUACAACUUUUUUUUUUUAAUAGGUUGAUUCUAAAAAGCCAGGACACUGAAGAAACAGCUUGUGACGUGUUUUUCUGCAGAACCCAAAGCCACCAGGAAGUUGGACAACCGAGGAUAACCAUCCGAGCAUGAGAACGAAAAAAGAGGUGACCACAGGCCUGCAGUGCGAAGGCUUCCUUGAAGACUCUGAAGACCUCCGUAUGACCCCGAAUGGGGUGGCAAGAGAGUGCCUGCAGCAGGCCAGGCUACGCGGGGUUAAGCUGGAGCCGGAGGAAGGGCAGCUUCAGCUCUGGGAGGCCCAGUGGCAGGACUUCCUAAAAGUGGCGGAGUCCUCAUGCUCGGUGUGGGGAAACAAGCCGCCUGCGGAGGCCAAGACUUCCCCCGUUCCCUCUGCUGUGCCCCAGGGGCCUGGCCUGGAGGGAGCCUCGAGGCUCUUCAGAGAGGAAGCUCUGGCAGCUUCCAGGACUCCGAAAGCGGGAGAUCGAAAGGCGAGGGAGGCCGUUCUCAGCAAUGGGAGCACGGAGGCAGAAAUCCAGCGCCGGCGGUUCAGGGGGUUCUGCUACCAGGAGGCUGAGGGGCCCCGGGAGGCCUGCAGCCAACUGCGGGAACUCUGCCACCAGUGGCUGAAGCCCGAGAGGCGCACCAAGGAGCAGAUCGUGGAGCUGGUGGCCCUGGAGCAGUUCCUGGCCAUCCUUCCAGCAGAGAUCCAAAGAUGGGUCAGGGGGCACCGAACGGAGUCCUGCUCCCUGGCGGUGGCCCUGGCUGAGGAUUUCCUGCUCAGACAGCGAGAGUCGGGGAGCUGCAACGGGCAGAUUCUUGGGGAGAUCAAGCAGGAGAGCACCAGAGAUGUCAUCUUCCCAGGUCACCAGGUCUCGAAUGAACACGAUGAAGACCCACAGGGGCUGCCUGAAGCACAUGGUGGAAUCUUCGGCAUUCCAGAAGGACCAGAGAAAUGGUUUGAAAGUGGACCACAGUCGUGGAAGAGGAAAUCCCUGAGUGGAGGAGACCUUUGCAGGAUUUCAUGUACCUGGAGACCACCCAAGGGGGUAGGGAGGAGCGUGUGCCCCGUUUGCAGUAAAGGUUUUACUCGCAAAUCAAGCCUCAACAGGCACCUGAUUAUUCACACAGGAGAGAAACCCUACAAAUGUUCCAAUUGUGGGAAAAGCUUUAACCGGAAAACCAAUCUCAUUGCCCAUGAGGUUAUCCACUCGGAAGAGAAGCUGUAUCAGUGUGCAGACUGUGGGGAAACCUUCAAACCGAAAUGGGGUAUUACUGCUUACCAGAUGGACCACACCGGAGAGAAAGUGUAUAAAUGUUCUGCCUGCAAGAAGAGCUUCAGGCAAAGGGCAAAAGCCGUGAGAGGAGUCAUGCUGAGCAAGCCAUGGAAAGAAGCACCAGAAACAUCCCUGGAAAAACAGGAACAUGGGAAGAAGGAAGACGUCUCCAGCAACCAAAACGAGCUGGAGAGGGGGCUGGACAAUGAAAUGGGGGAGAAGUUUGUUAUAGGUCCAAGUGGAGACCUUGACACAAUUAAAGCCCCACCAAAAUUAUAUAAAGGAAAGAGACGGAGCCCUUGUCCUGUGUGCGGGAAAAUUUUUGCCACUCAGUCAAGUGUUAAUAGACACCAGAGAAUUCACACGGGAGAGAAGCCGUUCAAGUGCACGGACUGUGGGAAGAGCUUCAAUCAGAAGACAAGUCUCCUGACUCAUGUAGUGAUCCACACUGAACAGAAGCCACACCAGUGCUCUGACUGCGGGAAAAGCUUCCGACACUCGUCCGGUCUCCUUGUGCACCAGAGAAUGCACACGGGAGAGAAGCCGUAUAAUUGCUCUGUCUGUUGGAAGAGCUUCAGUCAGCGAGCACAUGUGAUCAAACACAUUGUGAGAAAGCACACAAGAGAGAAGCCACUGGCCUGUCCCUCUCAAACUCCUAGCAGCUGAUACAUUUUUCCCUGCUGCCCUGAGCUAAACCAUGACUAUGCACCUGGAUCUUAGAUUUGGAAAUAUUUGAGUGUGGGCAAGUAGAGGAAAUACCCACUUGUUCAGGAUGCAUUUGAGAUUGAGUCACUGCAAAGUCAAUUUACUGGACUUUUUAUUGGAGGGUGAAAAAUCUGGAGCACUUGAUCAGAGAGAGCAAACCUCUGAAGGCAGCUUGUUAUCCUGACUGGGUUCAGACAAGGGUUGAGUGUGGGUUGUUCUUGAAACACGGGUUCAAAUGUGUUGCUUGCAUCUAGCUGAGAUAACAAUCUAUGGUGAACAAUUCCUAGUCCACAACCCAACAACAAACCGUGGAUCCUCAUCAUGGGUUGUUCAUGGAUAACAGUCCAUGACUUCUUGACACAGAUGGGUUCAGACAACCCAAAUAACACACAGUUCAAGACAACUCACACUCAGUCAUGAAUAUGGGUUAUCCUGUUGUUUGAACCCAAAUUCGUGGGUAUCUAUGUCAGGAAUACUGAAACACAACCCACAGCCAUAUUCAGCCUUCUGGGUCCCUCAUUGGACCUGCCCCCCAUUCAUUGCCCACAUGAAACAGGAUCUUCAGUAGAAAAAUAAACUUUUGAGCCCUUUUAAUAUCGUGCUUUGUAACAACAAUAGUUUGGUUGAUUAUUUGUACCUUAUUUUUUAUCACUAGCUUAUAAUUCGUGUAAAAAUA